AUGGCCAGGAAAUCCGAAUCUCAGUUCUCCUAUCAUCACCUUUACCCUCUGACAACCAUGAAGUCUCACCUGCCACGACUUAACGAACUCCGGAAAGUACUGGCAUCGGCUGAGAAGAAGUCGCGUUCCGGUACCCAGUCGAAUGCCUCACACUACACUGAAUCAGCUCCGCCAGACGACAGGAAGCCGAACUUCCAGGUCGUCUCGGGUGAGGGUAUUUUAACCCAUGAGAACGACGCAAGCGACAGAGAUGCAAUGUCGGAAGUUGACAGCGUGACCACAAACGAGCUUCCUGAGCAUCCCAAUAACGUGGCUGAUACGUCUACGAAGGCUCUCACGAUGUUGAUCUGCGAGUAUGUCCCGCUCUAUGAUGUCCCAAACCCGGCCGUCAUCCACCCUCAAACUGUGCUGAUCUGUAUCUUCAAGUCUCGAAACCAGAGUCCGCUGAGGGGGAGCUAUAGAAAGCUAGAGGAACAAGUAAAGCAUCAAAACCAGGAGAAUCACCGCCUGCACGAAAGAGUGAGCGGCAUCUGUGAGGGUGUCCCGACUUCUCACACCAAAUCCCGUCGUUCAGCUCGGUACAAGGACAUGGAGUCGGAAUGA